CUAGGUCCCUUCCACUCUCAGGCUGCUAGGCUCCCAGCUGAGCUCCUGCUGAGGUGAGAUCCGGGGCGUCCCGGGCCCUUCGUGAGCGCUCGCUCGCCCGCUGUCUCCCCUCGGGGACCGAGGCCGCGGCCCGGGGAGGAGCGGGCGGCGGGGGCCGGGUCCUCUGUCGCUGGGCUCUGCCUGGGGCGGCGCUGCCCGGGUGCCCUGGACCCUCUCAGCUGCUGCCGGAGCCCCCGGGAGAGUCCAGCUUCCCACGGAGCCCGGCGGAGGAGCUGUGAGGACCGCGGGCCGGUGCGCCGAAGCCCCCAGUGCUUGCUUGCCAGAGCCCUGCCUUGUCUCAAAGAGAAGAAGAGAACCAUGACGAAGUUACAGGAGGCUGUGACAUUCAGGGACGUGGCCGUGGUCUUCAGUGAGGAGGAGCUGGAGCUGCUGGAUGCUGCCCAGAGGAAGCUGUACCAUGACGUGAUGCUGGAGAACUUCAGGAACCUUCUGUCAGUGGGAGGCCAGAGUCUAAACCAGAUGGAGAGUCUUCAUGCAACAGGAUUAAUGUGCCUUUCAAUAGGAUUACUUUCAUGCUGGCCAGGGACAAGUCAUGAUGUCAAAAAACUAGGCAGAACUGCAGAAGCUGUAACACACACUCAAGGAAAGAGUUCUCACUUCCUGGAGAAAUGCCACUUCUCCUGCCAUGGUGCUGGAGAAGAGCCUGCCUGGAUCUCCAAGAAGGAUUGCUGUCUUGAGAGUCUCACAAGUGACCAUUCCAGUAUUACUGACAAUCAGGAGUUUUUGUGUGGGAACGCUCAGAGUUCUUUGAGUAAAACCCAUCUUAGUGAGAGACAGGACCAUCAGCAAGACUGUCCAAACAUUCUGGUGAAAAAUAAAGUACAAGUGUUAGCUCCAGGUGUUGACAUUCUGCAUUGCAUUUCCCACUAUGAUAACAAUAUACUGCAUAAAAGAGACAGAGCCCACAGGAGCAGUGACUGUGGCAAAGUUAUUUUUCUGGGGUCACUCCUCACCCAACAUAAUGUUUACACAGAAAAGAAGCCCUACCAGUGUAGCAAUGGCCAGGAAACCUUCAUUGACAGCCGGAGUUUAGAACUCCAUCAGCAGGUCCCCUUUGGAAAGAAGUCUCCUGUACAUAGUACACACAAGGACAACAGGCAAAGCUCCAGUGUCCCCAUUCAACAAAGUGUUCAUCCAGGAAAGAAGCACUACAGGUGUCUAGAAUGUGGCAAGGAUUUCAGUAAGAGCUCAAACCUUCAAACUCACCAGAGAGUGCACACAGGUGAGAAGCCCUACCUGUGUGACACCUGUGGGAAAGGCUUCAGCCGAAGAUCAGAUCUCAAUAUCCACUGCCGAGUUCACACUGGAGAGAAACCUUACAAGUGUGAGGUGUGUGGGAAGGGCUUCACAAGGAGUGAACCCCUCCAGAUCCAUGAGAGAAUUCACACAGGAGAGAAGCCAUAUAAGUGUGGGGACUGUGGCAAACGUUUCAGCCGGAGCUCAAGCCUUCACACCCACCAAAGAGUCCACACUGAGGAGAAACCCUACAAGUGCAAUGUGUGUGGGAAGUGCUUCCGCUCAAACUCCAACCUUCACCAGCAUCAACGGGUCCACACAGGAGAGAAGCUAAGUAACUGUGAAGAGUGCGGGAAGUGUUUCAGUUCAGUUUCAAACCUCCGAAAACACCAGCGAGUCCAUACAGGAGAAAAACCAUUUUGCUGCAAUGUGUGUGGGAAGGGCUUUCGCCAGAGGUCAGUUUUUCAAGCCCACCAGAGAGUUCACACUGGGGAGAAACCGUACAGAUGUGAUGUGUGUGGGAAGUGCUUUAGCUGGUGGGAUGGGCUUCACAGUCACAAGAGUGUCCACACAGGAGAGAAACCCUAUAAAUGCGAGGAGUGUGGGAAAGGCUUCAGUUAUUCCUCAAGUCUGCAGUCUCAUCAGAGCGUCCACACUGGUGAAAAACCAUUCAAAUGCCAUGUGUGUGAGAAGAGGUUCAGUCAUGCCUCAAGUCUGCAGUCUCAUCAGAGCAUCCACACUGGUGAAAAACCGUUCAAAUGCCAUGUGUGCCAGAAGCGGUUCAGUAAAGCCUCAAACCUCCAGACCCACCAGAGGGUGCACACAGGAGAAAAGCUCUACAAAUGUGACACGUGUGGGAAAGCCUUCAGCCAGAGAUCCUAUGUCCAAGCUCAUCAGAUAGUUCACACCGGGGAGAAACCAUUCAAGUGUGAGGAGUGUGGGAAGGAAUUCAGAUGGUGCUCUGCACUUAGUGCUCACCGGAGCAUCCACUGUAGAAAGAUAAAUUAUUUUUCCUAUAUUAAUUAAUGCCAGAAGUUAUUACAGCAGCAGUUUUCUUUAACCAGAUAGUUCCCCAAUGACUGACACAGAGAGACUAUGACUUAUAUUCAGCUGUAAACUCUAUGCUGGGCAGAUUCUGAGCUAUUCCAUUCACAGUACCUUUAUAACCCACAUAAAGCCAAUCGCUUCCCAAUCUGAUGACUCUCGGGUGGCUUCAGGUCCACCAGUCUCUCCUUAUAGGCACCUGCUCAUCACCAUCCUGCCUUAUGGCAACUCCUUUCUCUCCAGCUUCCUCUUUCCUGCUACCUCUUCUGCAUUCUCCCCUCUCUUCUCUCGAACCCAAGCCUGGGAACCUAAAAACUCACCUACCUCUUUACUGUCCAGUCAUAGGCUCAGCAUCUUUAUUUGGCCAAUCAGGAAUAAUCAGGGAACAUUCCUUAUUAUCACAUGGUUACAGGAGAUAAUUCAGCGUUCAUAACAAUAUCUGUAGCAGGGUGGUAACUAGAUCUCAAGAUGCCAAAAUCAACAUUUGAAAACACACUUGAAUCUUCCUCCAACAAUGCAAACAGGAGAGAAGCCCUACACAUGUCAGCAGUGUGGGAAGGGCUUCUGUCAUGCCUCACACUUCCACACGCACCAGAGGGUCCACACUGGGGAGAGACCCUACAUCUGCAGCAUCUGCUGUAAGGGCUUCAUUUAGAGAUCACAUCUCGUGAACCACCAGAGGGUCCACACUGCAGGGAAUCUCUAGGUUCUGCUGUCAGGUGGGCCCCAUGCUGCUGAUUGUUAAAAGUAUCCCACCACCACUACCACUGCCAAAACCCAGAAGCUUUGAGGAGUGACUAUUUUGGUUAUUUUGCCCUCAAUUCAUUCUAGUGAAGUCAUCCUGCAAAGGAAAGAUAAUAUUUUAGAAUGGAUUUUCUUAGCAUAGAAAGAAAGAAAAAAUUUAAAGACAGAAAAAAAAUUGUGAUUUAAUUAUAAAAAGAUGAAUUGUCAGUUGUCAAUUGUCAGUAACAGAUCCAAAAGAAAUUGUAGUUCCUCUUAGUAAUGUGAGAUUUUGUCACUAUGGGUAAUCAAUGAAGAUGGCAAAGAGCUUAUAGGGGAAAUUAACAGAUAUUCUGAAAGCAAGCAACUUCAAUUUAUAUAAAGAACUAACUGGAUUCUCUUCUAUAUACAAAAAGAACACCAAUUCCUUAAGCACUUUCAUUUUUUUGCUGGCUGGUUAUAAGUCAGAAAAUACAAGUAAAGUAAUUCAAAUAAGCUUUAGUUCAAAAA